UGAGCUCAUCAGAGCUGGGAUAUGCUCAUUACACUCAACAGAGCCUGGUAGACAACAUCCGGAGGGAUGCGGGGCUGGAAGUGAGCAUGGGUUAGGAGAGGAGGACCUUCAGCUGCAGCCUGUCCUGCUGCCGGUGGGGUGGGCAGCCACCGCAGAGCCGGCUCAGCCCAGCAGGAUCCGUCCCUCGUUACCGCUCCCUGCAAGCCCCCUGGCAGCUGGGUUCCCACCCGCGCACCCGGGGGAUGCUUGGUGCAGCCGGCUGGGACCAGCGAGGCACAACAUGGUCUCCUCCUCAGACCCUGUCACCAUGGAAAACCCCCCCAAGAGCCCUGAUGGGAGUGAGAAGUCCCCUCCGUCCAAGGAGCUGCUGACCAGCAACACGGCCAGCACCCUCUGCAUCAGCUCCCGGAGCGAGUCUGUCUGGACCAGCGCGUCCCGGAGCAAGUGGGAAAUAUACCACAAGCCCGUCAUUGUCGUGUCUGUCGGAGCAGCCGUCUUCCUCUUCGGGAUGGUCAUCACCAGCCUGUCUUGCAUCCAAAUCAAGAACAAAAAUGUUUACAAAAUGUGUGGCCCGGCUUUUCUGUCCAUGGGACUGAUGCUCCUCGUUUGUGGCCUAGUCUGGAUCCCCAUCAUCCGGAAGAAGCAGAAGCAGAGACAGAAGUCACAGUUCCUGCAGAGCCUCAAGUCCUUCUUCUUCAACCGCUGAGGACAGCCCAUGGCCUUCCCAGGAAGGCUCCCUCCCCUCCACCCUCCUCUGCUGAUUAGCCAUAACAAGAAACAUGCUUUUGUACCCUCCUAUAGGAAUUUACCCCAGACAGUCUCUUCCCUACAGGCGGAACACACUGUACCGGUGCCCGGUGUGUAAGCAAACUUUGCCUUUCACCCAAGGAAUCCCAGAAAGAAGAGAGUGGGACGUGGCGGCCUAGCCCAGCAUGGCAGGUCAGAGCACUCUGUGUCCUGGAGCCGGCCAGCCCCGCCACGGGGGUGAAGCCCAGUGUGAGCACUGCUGCCUGCAGUCAGCACGCCACACCUACACAGCGGCGGGCCCAAGGCCGCUCACCCAGAGCCAUGGAGAGGGGCAACGGGACAAGGCAGUGCCACAACACUUUGUAUCAGAGGAGGCCACCGAAAUGGACAACGCACGUCACCAGAGCAGAGCAGAUGUGAUGUUCAUGGCCUACAGUUCCCACAUGUGGAUCUAUUAUGACAGCUGGCCAAGACACGGCUGUUAACUAGAGCUCACUUCUGGCUCAGGGUGUGGUGUUCACACGUAUUUAUUCCUCUACAGGGUCAAGGUGAGGAGCGGCACCACUAGCAGAAUGUUUUAGCUCCCCUUGGCAGAAGGUGUUUAAGCAAGGCUGUUCCCCAGGCCUGAAGGGACUAAGUUGUUUUGCAGCUUCUCUCCGGUUGUGCUGAUGCUCUCUGCCAGAGCCACCCAAAAACUGAGCUUUGGCUCUUCCAUGAGCCCAGAACUGGACUACAAGCAAGCAAAAGUGUUCCUUUUCUCCACCACUUUGUAUUUAUGUCUUAAUAAAUGUGUGCUCUGAGGCAAUUCACCAAGGAAAGCAAGGAUCUGCAUGGUUUUUGCUUUAAUUUCAUAUUUUCAGCAGGCCUUAGAAGAGAAAUUUGAAAUGCUAAUUCUCAGUCUGAAGAACUGGUCUCUGUCUGGACAGCAAAACCUGGUUUGACAUAAAUGGGUCCACAACAUCAACCAGCUCCUAACUCUGGGCAGGAAUCUGCUUUUCUUACCAAAGAGCUGAUCCAUCCUGGAUCCCACAGCAGCCCCUAUCAGGUCUGCACCUCUGGCCAGGCCCCCAGCUCAGCAAGCUAAGGCUCGGGUGCCCUGACUCCCAUGGUGGGGUGAGGACUCAGCACCCCCAAGGGUGGGCAGGACAUGGCUUGGUGUUGACCAGAAGCAGAAGAGGAACACAGAUGAGGAGACCCCACCGAGGUGCUCUUUGCAGUCUGCAUCUCCACCGUAAAGCUGAGGCAGCCAGGUUGCUCUUCUAACGCCAUGGGAGGCAGAAAAGCCAGCAGGGGUGCUCCAAGAGAAUUUGCAAUGUAUUUGACAGAUAGCCAGGGCCUGAUAAUCUCCAGUAACUGCUAAUGAUAAGCUUUUGUAAGCCUGUAGGUUUCUGUAACUCUGUGCCACACUUCCACCAACAGUUCCCAGGGAAUGCUAGAGAAGAGUACCACAAAUAGGGCAUGCAGACAGAGACCCUUCUCCAGGUUUGUCUCCACCUUCCAGCAGCUUAGAGCCAAGGCAGAGUUUUCUCCAGACCACUGUUUAGCACUAAUAGAUCCAACAUGCUCUACUCCUCCUGUUUUGACCGCUUCUUCAGAUCAGUUUGGACUUCCAGGAUGUGCGACAUCCUGAAGCUACGGGCUGUCACAAUCCCUCCAAAUACUCUAAUCUGGGGAGCAAAGUUCAGCUGGUGCCACCGUCCACCUCCACAGAGCGUUCCCACCCUCUCCCAUGGAUCAGGCCUGUUAAAGCAGUGGGAGAUUCCUGGCAAUGAAGUUUGAGAAGGACAGUGUGGAAAAGAGGUACAGCAAACUCUACAAUAUUUUGUAUUGAAUUAGGAUAGUGGGUAUCAACGCAGCCUGAACAACUUUCCAUCAUCUCAGAUGUUGCAUCCAGCAGAGUUGAAGCAAGGCAGAGGCGAUAGCCGGAGAUGCUGGAAGCUCUGGAUAACAUCAAGACAUGCAGCAAAAGGGGGGAGGAUAACAGAUCCUGCUGCUGCAGGCCGUCAGGAGCCCAGACGGUCAGAUAAAAGGGAGAUGUGCUUAGUGCAGUCAGGGACCAUGAAGCUGGAGCUGUGGGAACUGUGCUCAGGGCCCAGAUCUGACUCACCAUGUGGAAUUAUUUAACCUCCUAGCCACCUCUGGCUGAACUCCCUUAAAACAGUGCCACUUCAGCAUUUCUGCCUGCAGAUAUAGCCUGGGGGCACCCAGGGCCCAAAGCAUUCAAGUGACCUGAUUGAGCUAGGAGGUUGGGCUCCCUCCAGGAUGUGAUCCAGGUGGGCCAGUGCCUGGAGAGCCCCAAGGCCUGCAAGGGGACAGCGCAGAGGCAGCUGGCUGCUGGCACAGCUGGGUGAUGGGUACUCGAGGAACACACGUCCUUUCACCCAAGACUGCAUUUCCUGGGCGGUGCAGAUGCGUCCAUCCCCAGCCGGCUGGUGCCAGGUUGUGAAUGGGGUGUUGGAGGUGCGUGGUCUGGCACCGGACCCAGCAAACCUCCGUUCAUUCUUCAGCCAUUCAUCCCACUGUGUGGUGCGCUGCCUAUUUUUUUCAGCCCUGGCUUGGCACAAGGCUGAAGUCUCUAUUGAUUCAGCUGUAGUGGGCAGAAGCAGCUCACCUCAAGCUGCUGCUCGAGGAUUAGCAGCAGUUGGAAAAAGAGACAAAUGGCAGGGCUUGCAAGGAAGAAAUCACAGAGCAACCCAAGGGACAUCCCAUUCCCCGUCUGGCUCCAGCCUGCAGGCCUGGUGCCGGGCACUGCCCAGGCUGGAGGAGGCACCUGGGAUGGCCUCAGCUGCAAAUAGCUCUGGGCAGCCAGAGGCUGUUUGGCCAGGCUUGCUGCCCGAAGGGAUGUGAAAGGAGGACUCAAAGCACCAAACAGCGCAGGCAGAUGGAGCAGGGGGUCCUGUCCUCCGUGUCUCACAACCAAGGAGGUCAGUGAAGUGUUAAUAAGAAGUCACUGAGAUCACAAAUGUAAUGGGAUUCCAAGCUGGCCAUUUAUAACAUGAAUAUUCAAUUUAAUUAAAGCAAAAUAUCCCAAGGGACUUUCACCUUGC